GGUGCUGCGGCUCCUGUUGCUUGUAAGAAAAGAAAACGGGUAAAAGGUUAGCCAGCUAAAUACAGCUCAUUUAUUCGCGUCUCUCAAGAGGAGCGGAACUCUUCAAGCCCCUGAGGACUGUGGGUACAGAGGGCAGCAGCAGCCAUGUCCGGCUCCUAUGAUGACUCCAUGAUCGACGUCUCCAGUGACAGCUUCUGGGAGGUGAGACGGUGGGGGAACUACAAGCGGACAGUGAGGCGGGUGGACGAUGGCAGUCGCCUGUGUAACGACCUGAUGAACUGUCUCCAUGAGCGGGCGCGCAUCGAGAAGUCCUACGCACAGCAGCUCACAGAGUGGUCCAAACGCUGGAGACAGCUUAUAGAGAAAGGCCCCCAGUACGGGACCCUGGAGCGGGCGUGGGGUGCCCUGUGCACUGAGGCGGAGAAGGUGAGCGAGCUCCACAUGGAGGUGAAGGCGGCGCUGAUGGGGGAGGACUUUGAGAAGCUCAAGGUGUGGCAGAGGGACUACUACCACAAACAGAUGAUCGGAGGCUUCAAGGAGACCAAGGAGGCUGACGACGGCUUCCGCAAGGCACAGAAACCCUGGGCCAAGAAACUGAAAGAGGUGGAGACGAUGAAGAAGGCGUACCACGGGGCCUGUAAGGAAGAGAAGCUGGCCACAAGCCGGGAGAACAACAGCAAGAUGGAGAACAACAGCAACCCUGAGGCCCAGAAGAAGCUGCAGGAUAAGGUGGAGAAGUGCCAGCAGGAGAUGGAGAAGACUAAGGAGCGCUAUGAGAAGUCUCUGGAGGAGCUGGACAAGAUAACUCCCCAGUACAUGGAGAACAUGGAGCAGGUGUUUGAACAGUGGCAGCAGUUUGAGGACAAACGCAUCACCUUCUUCAAAGCGCUUCUGCUGGAAGUCAAGCAUCACCUCGACCUCUCCACCAAUCACAAAUUCCAGACAGUUUUCCACACGUUGGAGGACACUAUCUCUGCUGCUGAUGCUGAGGAGGACCUCAAGUGGUUCCGCUCCAACCACGGUCCUGGCAUGCCCAUGAACUGGCCCCAGUUUGAGGACUGGUCCAUAGACUUCAACCGUACACUGAGUCGGCGAGAGACUAAGAAGAAGCCUUCCGAUGGAGUCACCCUGACGGGCAUCAGCCAAAUGGAAGAGCAGCAGGCAGCCAAGAGUAGCAGCAGCGCCAGCAGUGUGGAGAAGUCGCAGGAGUGGUCGGAUGAGGAGACUGGGGUGAACCCGUUUUCCAUGGAGGACGCCAACGGCGACGGGAACCCAUUUGAGGUGGAGCCGGCAUCCUCAGUGGUGUCUGUGGCCGUGCGCGCCAUCUACGACUACGAAGGACAGGAGCAGGAUGAACUCAGCUUCAAAGCAGGCGAGGAGUUCACCAAGAUAGGAAACGAGGACGACCAGGGCUGGUGCAGAGGGCGCCUGAAAGAUGGCGUGGUGGGCCUCUACCCCGCCAACUACGUAGAAGACAUCCAGUAAUGACAGAGCGAAGGACGAGGAGGAAAAAGAGAGAGAGGAGGA